UUCAUCCACAGUUUUGGGUGCUAUGUAACAUGGUAUGUUUCUGAGUUAUUUCAAACUUCUGGGUUUUUUUUCAGAUACCAUAAAAAUUUAGAAGAUGCUAAACGCAUUGGAAUCAGAAAGGCUAUUACAUCUAAUAUUUCUAUGGGUGCUGCUUUCUUACUGAUAUAUGCAUCAUAUGCACUGGCCUUCUGGUAUGGAACUACCUUGAUCUUAAACGAUGAUUACACUAUUGGCAAUGUUCUUACAGUCUUUUUCUCUGUACUGAUUGGAGCUUUCAGUAUUGGACAAACUACUCCAAGCAUAGAGGCAUUUGCUAAUGCAAGAGGAGCAGCCUAUGCAAUCUUUAAUAUCAUUGACAAUGAACCUCAAAUUGACAGUUAUUCAGAUGCAGGCCACAAACCAGACCACAUUAAAGGGAACUUGGAAUUCCAAAACGUUUUCUUCAAUUACCCAUCCAGACCAGAUGUUGAGAUACUGAAAGGCUUGAAUCUGAAGAUUAACUGUGGCCAGACAGUAGCUCUGGUUGGUGGCAGCGGCUGUGGAAAAAGUACAACUGUUCAGCUCAUCCAGAGAUUUUACGACCCCAAGGAAGGCACGAUUACCAUCGACGGGCAGGAUCUCAAGAGCCUGAAUGUAAGAUAUCUGCGGGAGAUUAUUGGUGUGGUGAACCAGGAGCCCGUGCUGUUUGCUACAACUAUUGCAGAAAAUAUUCGUUACGGCCGCGAGGAUGUCACCAUGGAAGAAAUUGAAAAAGCUACCAAGGAAGCUAAUGCUUAUGAUUUCAUCAUGAAGCUCCCCAAGAAGUUUGAAACCGUGGUUGGAGAAAGAGGGGCACAGAUGAGUGGAGGGCAGAAGCAGCGAAUAGCAAUUGCUCGUGCUCUGGUUCGCAAUCCUAAAAUUCUUCUGCUUGAUGAGGCAACAUCAGCUUUGGAUACUGAGAGUGAAUCCGUUGUGCAGGCAGCACUGGACAAGGCAAGAGAAGGACGGACCACAGUUGUAGUAGCUCAUCGUCUGUCAACAGUUCGAAAUGCGGAUCUUAUAGCUGUGUUUGACAAUGGAGUUAUCACAGAACAAGGAAAUCAUUCUCAACUGAUUGAAAAAAAGGGAAUCUACUACAAACUUGUGAACAUGCAGGCAAUAGAAACUGAAGAUCCAUCAUCAGAAAAAGAUGAGAAUGCAGUCAGUGUCAAAAGAAGUGGAUCUCAGUCAAAUCUGGAUGAAUCCUUAAAGAGAGGACUGAGAAGAGGAUCAACUCGGAGAAGCAUGAAAAGGCCAGGAGAACCAAAUGAUACUGAUGGGAAAGGUAGUUCAUCUGCAGAAGAAUUACCUCCAGUUUCAUUUCUGAAAGUUAUGAAGUUGAACAGAAAGGAAUGGCCGUACUUUGUAGCUGGAACUCUCUGUGCAGUUAUCAAUGGAGCUUUACAACCUGCAUUUGCAGUCAUAUUUUCAGAAAUUAUAGGGAUUUUUUCCGAAGAAGAUGAAAAAGUUUUGAGAGAAAAGAGCAACUUAUAUUCACUGCUGUUUUUAGUACUUGGGAUCAUUUCCUUUUUUACUUUCUUUGUUCAGGGUUUUGCAUUUGGCAAAGCUGGAGAAAUUCUUACAAUGAGGCUUCGAUUCAUGGCAUUUAAAGCAAUGCUGAGACAGGACAUGGCCUGGUUUGAUGAUCCUAAAAACAGCACUGGAGCACUGACAACAAGACUUGCUAAUGAUGCCUCACAAGUGAAAGGAGCAACUGGCGUCAGAUUGGCAUUAAUUGCCCAAAACAUAGCUAACCUGGGAACUGGUAUUAUUAUAUCUUUAGUUUAUGGCUGGCAGCUGACCCUGUUACUUUUAGCUGUUGUACCAAUCAUCGCAGUGGCAGGAAUGAUUGAAAUGAAGAUGUUGGCCGGGCAUGCAAAAAAAGAUAAAAUAGAGCUGGAAGCUGCAGGAAAGAUUGCAACAGAAGCUGUAGAAAAUAUUCGAACUGUUGCUAGUUUGACACGGGAAAAAAGGUUUGAGCUCAUGUAUGGAGAGCAUUUGCAUGUACCAUACAGAAAUUCUGUGAAGAAGGCACAUAUAUUUGGAUUUUGUUUUUCCCUUUCACAAGCAAUGAUGUUUUUUACCUAUGCUGGCUGUUUCCGCUUUGGAGCCUAUCUUGUGGUUAACGGACACAUGGAGUACAAAAGUGUGUUCUUAGUGUUUUCAGCUGUUGUAUUUGGUGCUAUGGCAUUAGGACAAACCAGCUCUUUUGCACCAGACUAUGCCAAAGCCAAGAUAUCAGCAGCCCACUUGUUUGUGCUGUUUGAUAGAGUACCUUCAAUAGACAGUUACUGCGAAGAUGGAGAGAAACCUGUAACGUUUGGGGGAAACACAAGGAUCAAAGAUGUGAAAUUUAACUAUCCAAACCGACCAGAGGUCAAAAUCCUCCAAGGCUUGAAUCUAAAAGUAGAAAAAGGACAAACAUUGGCCCUUGUUGGUAGCAGUGGAUGUGGAAAGAGCACUGUUGUUCAGCUGCUUGAGAGAUUUUAUGAUCCACUCAGUGGAGAAAUUGAGUUUGAUGACAAAGAUGCAAAAACACUGAAUAUCCAGUGGCUGAGAUCUCACAUCGGUAUCGUCUCACAAGAACCAAUCCUGUUCGACUUCACCAUCGCUGAAAACAUCGCAUAUGGGGACAACACCCGGGAGGUGUCCCAUGAGGAAAUCAUUAGUGCAGCAAAAGCAGCCAAUAUUCAUUCCUUCAUUGACUCUCUGCCAGAAAAAUACAAUACUCGUGUAGGAGACAAGGGAGCACAACUUUCUGGUGGUCAGAAACAACGUAUUGCUAUUGCUCGAGCUCUUGUACGUAAGCCCCAGAUUCUGCUGCUGGAUGAAGCUACGUCUGCCUUAGACACAGAAAGCGAAAAGGUUGUCCAGGAAGCACUGGAUAAAGCCAGAGAAGGCCGCACCUGCAUCGUGAUAGCUCACCGCCUGUCCACCAUCCAGAAUGCUGACAAGAUUGCUGUGAUCCAGAACGGCAAGGUCACAGAGCAAGGGACUCAUCAGCAGCUCCUGGCUGAAAAAGGCUUCUACUAUUCACUGGUCAAUGUUCAAAGUGGGUCUUGCAACAUGUAAAUUAAAGGCAGUACUUCUCUCCAAAGUGUCACUCUAAUUAUUUCAAUACUACAUAAUAUUACUGGUCAGUCUUGAUAUUUUUUUUCUCCAAAACUAAAGACUUUUUAUAAAUCCUAUGAAAACAAGAAAUAACAAUGUACCAGUUUCUCACUACUAGUUUUCAUUAUUCAAACUACUUUACUGCGUGCCCAAAGUAGAAGCCUAUUACACCUAUAAAAGUAGAAGCUUGCUAAGCCAAAUUUAAUUCAUGUUAGCUGGCUUUGAACUCUAGCAAAAUCACGCUAUUCAGGCACAUCUGGUAAACAAUAUGUAAACAUGAUUGUAUGCAUUAAAACCAGUGUUGGUAUUGCUAGGAACAAGCCUUAAGCCUUAUCUUAACAGUGACUUAUGCUGACUGUGUAGGGACCCAGUUAUGGCCUAUUAGGCUUGUUAUCAACUUAUGAGAACUUGCAGGCCAACUGGACCUUGAUCCCAGAUAUCUCUUGUGGAGUUUUAGCCUGGGAUUACUGCAAAUAUGGUCUUGGAAAUAUGGGUACAGGUUGAAAACUAAGGCCCCAGAACUAUUAAGAAGUAUCUCACUCAUGGUUCACUUACUCAUUGUGGAAGAAAUGUGACGUAAAUGCUGGGAAAGACUGCUUUAAAUAUAUUACAGAAAGGAAGCAGCAGAUAACAAAUUAUAAUUACACAGCAUCAGCUCUGUGGUUUUGUAUAUCAAUUGCUAAUUUAUUAUGUGAAUUUUAAGAGUUAACUGCUUUGAAUAUCUUAUAAUAGCAAUUAAGAUUUUACCAUUAGCAAUGUGUAUUGUUAAUGAAUAUCUCUGAAUUAAAGUUCUAUUUUAAAGUUUAAAA